UCAACCAAUCAGAUCAAAGAAACAGUUUAUAGUUUGUUUUUAAUAGUUUAGGUUUACAAUCAGUGUCACUCAUCUAUCGUUAUAUCUGAUUUUAGGCAUUACUCCAAGGUUAGGUUAUGGAAAUAUUUAGUUUGUUUGUUAUUAAUAUGUUGUCCCAAGGGUCAACACUUUCACUUUCGACGGAGGAGAAGAAACACGUCGAGUAUGGAGUCUAUCACGCGACAGUGCGCGCGAAGAAGACAGACACAGAGACGGAGAAAUAGAAGUGGGAGUUUUGAUCGCCCGAACAUAUGUGAUCUGAGAAUUGUUCUUCUGGGGAAAAAUGGGCUAGAAAACAGCCGAGUCGCGAGUGUAAUCUUCAGAGAAGAAGUGCACGAGACCUCUCCGCAGCAGAACAACGUGCUGAAAAUCAGAGGGCCGGUGAAGGACAGACUCGUCUCGCUCCUGAACGCUCUUCAUCUGCUGAACCCAAACAUCUCGGAUCAUCAGAUCACGCAGACCGUGAGAGAGUGCGUGCAUCUGUCUGAUCCGGGACCUCACGCCUUCGUACUGGCCCUGCAGCACCAAGACUUCAGCGAGGAGGACAUGGAAAGGGUGGCAUACGUGCUCAACGGGUUCAGCGACCAAGCGAUUAAACGCACGAUAGCGGUCACGACCGAUGAGCACACGCUCUUGAGUUUUAGGCAGAGGCAUCCAGCCGUCCUUCGCUUAAUAAAGCAGUGCGGAGGAGGACAUCUGCAGUUUGAUGAAAGGAAACCCGAAUGGCGUUCUGCGGUAUUGGAGAGGGUCGACAAGAUAAUCGGCAAUAACCUGGAAGACUAUCUCACGUGCGAGCUGUUUGAAGAUGUUAUGGUGGAUGAGGAGUGGAGCAGAUCUGAUCCUCCAUUGGAGGAAGAAUAUGAGGGAAGCUCUCGCCACAAACAUUAUAAACCACAGAGAAGUAAAGCGUCAAGAAAACUGAAUCUGGUGCUGUGUGGAAGCGAUGAAACGCUUACCGUUUCUGUGUCCAAACUUUUAAGAGGCAAGAAAAUGAAACCGUCGCAUCAAAGCGAGAUCGGUGAAGUGAGCGAGAAGAAAGAAGAGAAGAUUCACGGACAUCUGAUCAAUCUGAUCAAUCUUCCGGCCUUCAGGCAUCUCCCGGAGGAGGAAGUGAUGCGUCAGACUCUCCACUGCGUGUCUCUUUGUCAUCCGGGAAUUCACGCCUUUAUUGUCGUUAUUCCUGUCGACCCGUUAAAUAACGACGCCAAAGCGGAAAUGGAGGUGAUCCAGAGGAUAUUUUACUCUAGAGAGCAUUUCAUAUUAAUUUUUAUUAGCGAGGUCUCUGUUAAAAGACCAGUGACGGAUUUCAUAGAAUCCAGCUCGGACUGUCAGAGAUUGAUCGGUCUCUGUGGAGGUCAGUACAGAGUGAUGGGAUUGAAGGACCCUGAAAUCUCCAGACAGAUCCCAGAUCUACUGGAUUACAUAGAGAACAUGAAGAGCGAACCGUAUUCACCUCAGAUGUACGUGAAGGCUCAGGAGAACCGAGCCAGACGCGAAACAGAGGAGAGGUACGAAGAAGAACUGAAGAAAAUGGAGAGAAAGAUCAAAGAGCUACAAGAGAAGGGUGGCGAAUGCUCCGAUGAUCCUGGGUGUUUGAGGAUCGUGCUGAUCGGGAGAACAGGAAAUGGAAAGAGCGCGACAGGAAACACUAUUCUGGGAAGAAAUGAGUUCGCGAGUCAAGCUAGCAUCGAUUCGGUGACGAAUGAUUGUCAGAAAGGAGUCGGGGAGGUUGACGGUCGAUCAGUAGCCGUUGUCGAUACUCCAGGACUCUUUGAUACGACACUCAAUAAUGAACAAGCGGUGGAAGAGAUCGUCAAAUGUGUUUCUCUGUCGUCGCCUGGACCUCACGCGUUUAUUAUUGUGUUGAGCGUGGGGCGAUUCAUUCAGGUGGAAACAGACACUGUGGAUCUGAUAAAGAAGAUCUUUGGCCGUAAAGCGGCUCGGUUCAGCAUCGUCCUGUUCACUAGAGGAGAUGAUCUCGAAGGUGAAUCUAUAGAGGAUUAUGUGAAGAGAGGCAACAAUGCCAACCUCCAGAAACUGAUCCGAGAUUGUGGAAACAGGUUCCUGGUGUUCAAUAACAAAGAAAAACAAGACAGAACUCAAGUGAAUCGAUUGUUAAACAUGAUAGAAGAUGUGAGAAAUAGUAAUCAGGGGAGAUACUUUAGUAACAGCAUGUUCGAGGAAGCGGAGAUGUCCAUUAGAGGGAGAAUGGAGGAAAUACUGAAGGAGAGAGAGAGAGAAAUAGAGAAUCAGAAAAAAGAGUUAAAGGUCAAAUAUGAUAUGGAAAUGGAGAACAUGAAGAAGAGGCUUGAUGAAGAGAAACAAAGAGCAGAUGAGGAGAGAAAGAAAAUAGAAAAUCAAAUGAGAGAAAAUGUGGAGAAACUCCAAAAAGAGUUUGAAGAAAAAGAGAAAACAGAACAGAGAAAAAGAGUGAUUGAAAUCCAGAAAAGAUCAGAAGAGGAAAAACAGCAAAGAGCUGAAUAUCAUCAUAAAAUAGAAGAAAUGAAGACAGAGAUGGAAAAGCAGAGAUCGGAUUAUGAAAAACAGCAGAAAGAAAGAGAAGAAGAAGAUAAAAAGAGAGAAGAGAAGAACAGACAAAGUCAAGAAGAGAAGAAACGUAAACAAGAGCGUAUUAUAACGGAAUUGAAGCAGCAACAAGAAAAUGAAAUAAAAAAGAGAGAUUUGGAUGAAAGGAGGAGGAAUGAAAAAGAAGAGAAAGAAAGACAAGAAUGGGAAAUAAAAAUAAAAGCAGCUGAGAAUGAGAGAAAAGAGACUCAAGAGGAAAUCAAACGACAGCAGAGAGAAUGGGAGGAUGAGAAGAAACGGCAGAUGAGAGAACGAGAGGAAGAAGAAAGAAGGAGAAAGGAGAAACACGAGGAACAAAUGAGAGAGAAACAAGAUGAGCUGGAGGAAAUGAGAAAGAGAUUCGAAAGAGAGAGAGAAGAAACGAGACGGAAGAUAGACGAGGAGAGACAGAAACAGAGAAGAGAACGAGAAGAAAAAGAGAGAGACUAUGAGGAAAAGAAGAGGGAAACGAAAAGGCAUUAUGAACAACUGGAGCGAGAGAGAGAAGAGGAGUGGGAGAGAAGAAAACGAGAAGAUAACGAGAAGCAAGAAAAAGAGAGAAAGAGUUGGAGGAAAAUUGUUGAAGACCUGAAAGAAGAGCAAGAAGAAAAGAUCAAGAAUAGAGAAAGAGAGGAGAAGGGGAGAAAGGAAAGGGAAGAGAAAGAGCGAGAUGAAAUGAAAAAGAAACACGACGAGGAGAUGAGGGAGAUGAAGAAGAAACAUGAAGAUGAAGCCAGAAAACAAGCGGAAGAGUUUAAUAAGUUCAGAAAAACGAAAGAGCAGCACGUUCAGGAGCUCCAGAAGAUAAUGGACGAACGACUGGAACAGCUGCAUUUACUGGAGAACCUCUUUCAGCACUUCAAAGAGGAUAAAAGCGAAGAAGUGAAAGCGCUGAAAAAGAACAUCGACGAUUUAAAAAAGAAAUGGUGUAAACUUAUGUGAAGCCGAAGGUAAAAGUCUUUUGUUCGAUUUAGUCUUCGCUGAACAUCUGAAGUAAGUGAGAUACAGUAUCGACACAAUCUAAUGAUCUGAUGAGAACAGAGCUGUUGCCAUUAUUAUUAUCCAUGUUGCUGUCUUUUCUUAUUUUGUUUUAAAAAAACAAAAAGCAUGUGUUGAGGUUUGUGUUGUUCUGACGCUGCUCGUGUCAUGUGACCUGUGUUACAAAUCCCAUGAGAUUCAGCGAAGAUCCUGGCGCUCCCUGCAGGGCCAGCGUUGCGUGUCUUUAUGGAUCUUGAAAAGUGGUUUGAUGAGCAUGUCUGUGUGUGUGUGUGUGUAGGUCAGAAGACGGCACUGAAUUCAGGCCUGAAGAGUUUAGAAACUGACACGAGUGCAUUCUACGAUGACUCUACAAUUCGAUUAUAAUAUAGAUUAAAAACCAAGUCGGUGGGCGGUAGUGAUAUUUCAAGAUAACUGAUUCUUAAACAUGAGAAUCAGAGUAAAUGUUGCAAUGAACGAGCCACGUUAAAAACUGAAAAUAGAGAAGAUAUGUUUUAUGUUUAUGAGUUUGAUAAAAGUCUCUAAAAUUAUUUAUAAUAUUUAUAUAUAAAUAAUUUCAAUUCACACAGAGUCUUUUUCAAUACGUUUAAACUGAUUUUUUAGAUUUUAUUGGCUUUUUAAAUGUCCGUUAUGUUUUGAUUCUAAUUCUUUUACUGAAUUUUGGAUAAAGCGCCUACAGCUGGCAGCAGAUCAGUCACUGGACUGAACCGAGUCUUUCAAACGGUUGAUUGUUGUGGGUUUUUUUGUGCAGAAAAGUGAUCAUGUUGAUUAAUAUGAAUUUGUAUAAAUAUAUAUUAAGGGGUAUGGAUAUAUUUCAAAAUAAAUAGAUUUUCUGCC